GGGCUGGUUCUCAGCAAAAUUGUCACACAGUCCAACGCCAUGCGUUUCAGUUGCUUGGUGUUCUUGCUGACCUUGUGGGAUGCCUCAACUGAAGAUGAGAUCUCAUGGUGCUUGCGUGCAGGCUCUCUGUGCCACGGCAACAAGUGGACUUUGAAAGCAGUGGAUCAAGUUUUGCAUUACUUGCCUCUGUCUGACCUCUACCCGAUGCGGCUGGCAGACUGGGACAUGGACGGUGAUUUGGAUGCUAUUGUGCUCAUGGAGGAUGGCCUGUGGCUUUUCAAGAUGAUAGCAAGGGGACAAAACUUCUCCGGUCCUUUCCUGUUGAACAACUCAGCCUUGAAUGUGAAUUACAACAGCUAUCUGGAGGUCGCUGACUGGAAUGGGGAUGGAUACCCAGAUAUCCUUUUCGCAGAGCAAGUUCGCACAACCUUGGGACCCUCGGGAUGCACAGAUGGGAAAAUCCGAUAUUUUGAGCAGAUGCACUUGGACUCCGAAAUGGUUCUGCAGGAAAGAACGGGAUCCAACAAUCCCUUCGAUGUCAUUUCAGUUCCGUGCCCGGAUGGCUACACCACUCUUCAGCUUGCAGAUUGGAAUGCAGAUGGAAAGCCGGAUCUCUUUGUUUACAGCCCUCGACUCGUCAAAUUACGCUAUUUUGAAAACCACCAAGGGCAGUUGUUGGAGGCAACCCAUAGGUAUUUCCAGGACCUGGAUUUCAGCAUCGGCAAAUAUGGUUUCGUGAAGGAAGUCCAACUGACCGAUUGGGAUGGAGAUGGGGACCAGGACAUGAUCCUUCUUUGCAAGCGCUGUCGGGGUCCUGCAUGUAAGGCGGCUCUGAAUUACCUCGAGCAGCUCGCUGAUGGCACUCUGCUGUUCAUUCCUGAUGGCUGGUGGCGCAAAAUUUCGUUGCACAGUGAUGCUGGCCAGCCGUUUCAGAUGGUUGACUGGAACGGGGAUGGUACCUCAGAUUUGACAAUCUCCGGUCGAAUAUUUCAAAGAAACUUUGCCGAACCAAGCUUCACUCAAAGAGAAGGGGUCCAGAACCCCUUUGGAGGCCUUGCUUUUUCCGAUGGGGAACCUCACCUAGUGGACUGGGAUGGGGAUGGCGACCUUGACUUGUUGGUGGUGGAGCGAUACAACUCGACCCAUCCAGUCAUCCGCAUCUUUGAGCUUUUGGCGAACGGUGAGUUAGUGGAAGCAGACAUCAAAUACGAUCAUAUCCCUCUAGUGCAGAAUGGCCAGAGGAGUGGCCUGUACUUUUUGGAUUGGAACCAUGAUGGCGAUGUGGAUUUGGCUGUCUUGACUACAGAUGGACUUCUCCAUCUCUUCGACAAUCAGGAAGGAGUUCUCCACGAAGUACAAGAACGCCAUUUUUUGCGCAAUCGAAGUCUGGGGGCGAUUUUCACCACCACCUUCCACCUGGUGGACUGGAACGGUGAUGGCCAUUUGGACGUGAUCCUCGGCCCUCAUUAUUGGCGAGUGGCCUAUCUGGAACAAGUCAAUGGGACCCUGGUGGAUCGCACAGGGCACCCUCUCUUUCCAUGGACCCAGCUACCGGAUUUCUCAUCAGAUUUGUCGUGGAAAGUUUUCGAUUGUGAUGGGGAUGGAGGUCUUGAUAUCGUGAGAUUCACGAAGUCUGCAAGGCAAAGUUCGUGGGUGAGGAGGCGAGGCCUGGCCGUCCGUUCGGUGAGGAGGUGGCGCGCGGGGAGGAGGCGAGCCACCCAUUGGGAUGCAGGUCCAUAUUUAGCAUCUUGUUCGAAGAGGGGCGAUCGAUUCGUUUGCGACAACUCCUGUUUCGCUUCGCAGCUGCGCUCCACUUCCUUGGAAGUUGGAACUUGGGGCCACAUCACGAUUGGUGACUGGGAUGGAGAUGGUGACCUGGAUGUUGUUAGUAUCCGAGAUGGUCACGAAAAUUCCGUGAUCUUUUUUGAUCAAAACUUCUGCGUCCCCCCCACGCCUUGCAGUGGAAUCGGAAUGUGCCAAGCUUCUGGGAGAUGUUCCUGUGGCAAGGACCGGGGCUUGGAAGAUUGUUCAGGUUGCGGGGCAUCCCACUACACGGUUUCCAAGCAACCCGCCCUUGACAUCAUCCAUCGCUGCGCCCCGUGCCCCAUGCCCAAGAACCAGGUCUGCGCUGGCAGAGGGGUGUGCGUUGAUGACCUCUACGCCAAAGCUGUGGGUGAUGCUUGGGAUGUCGGAAAUGGUUCCUGCAUUUGCGCUGCAACAUUUUUCAAUGGGUCUGACCAGUGGUCCCGACAAACCUGUGCUCAGGGCACGUGCCCUGGUGGUUUUCAGGAAGUGCUUCUGCCUGCUGAGCACCUGAACCACCCACGCAUAAAGACAUGCUUGGCAUGUGAGGCUUGCGAUGCUGGGACUUUUGCCUCUCCCGGUGGACAAUGUAAAAGUUGUCAUCCAGGAUAUUUUUCUUCGCAUGGCAGUCAUUCUUGCAGCCCGUGCCCUGCAGGCAGCAGCUCGCGAACUUUGGGCGCAGUUGAAUGCAGUCUAUGUUCUGCUGGCACGUACGCACCAUCUGGAAGUGCCGUGUGUCACCCGUGCGCAGAAGGCACCAUCUCAGUGAAGGGAAGCGCCAAGUGUGAGCCUUGCAAUUCGCGUAGCAUUUUCUGGGUGCAUGCGGACAAUCAGAAUUUAACUUGCAUCCGGCCAUCGGAGCAGUAUUUGAUACUUCUGCUGUUCUUUGCAUCUUCGUCUGUUUGCCUCUUCUUCGUAGCCACUGCUUUGGCCUAUCGCAUACCUGUUUCUGACAUUUCAACGCAGAACUAUGAUACGGUUGUAACAACCCAUGGGGCUCAUCGCGUAUUGCAAGCAUCAAGUGUCAGUGGCAUCCAGGUUAAGGCCACCCACGUCCCUUCUCUGUCAAGCCCUUGCUUUGCAGAGUUCAUCAGCGACGAACGCCUCAAGCUCUACAGGGAUCCAGAGGUUGGCGUCGUUAAAUCAGCCGAAUCAUCUGUCGGGUGGAUAGUCCUGGGUGUGGGCAGCGCGCUGCGACACACUGGCUACCUCCAGGUGCCUCUGAUGAUUUGGAUCACUGCUUCCCUGGCAUCCGCUAUCCUCGCUGCAGCGACAGGUUUGCUGACACCUGUGACUGCUGGGUUGGCGUUAUUCUGCGCUUUUCUUGUUGUGGCCGGCCAGCACCUAUGCCAACGAUUUGCUGACAUGCAGACCCCAAUCGCCAAAAGCAGACAAGUAUUUCUGCAAAAGGUUAAAAAAUCAAAGGUGCAAAAACGGGUCGAUCGGGGAGCAGCACGCGGAGUUGGCUACAUGGAUUUGCUAUCCUUCUACAAGUUCUUUCAAAGUUUCAUACGGCAUCGCUCUAUGUACUAUGUGGCUUCCAACCUUGUCGUGCCACUGACACAAGAAAAUCAAUUAUCGUUUGCAGAGUUGGUUGGACCAAAGCGAUUGACUUGGUUUGUUAGCCAUUUUUGGGGCAUGGCGGUGCCACAUUUCGUGGAAUCCCUUCAACACCAUGCGGUGCAAGUUCAGGAUUCCAUGCGGGACAACUUGUCCUACUGGGUGUGCACCUUUAGCAUUCGCCAACAUGGCCCAAGCGUUGUGCAAGAAGAAUUGGGCCACGGAGUCAUUGAACACAGUUCAUUUUACAUAGCGAUGUGGGAUGGCAACUGUUGCGGAACUGCAUUGGUUCUAGACACACACGUGUCACCGCUGCAGCGAAUCUGGUGCUUGUUUGAGCUUUUCCAAACCUUCCGCCAUGAGAGAGACGACAACAGAGAAGCGAAUUUUCAAGGCCUGUUGCUAUGCACCUCAACUGGUGUUCUUUCAAAGGGCGCGGGUGGCACAGACGUGUGCAUGGCAAUCGCAAGCAAAUUAGCAUGUCUCGACCUGCAGGCCGCCGAGGCCACAAGUGAGGACGACAAGCAAUUAAUUUUUGAAUUGAUUGAGAGAUCCGGCGGCUUUGCAUCAAUGAACGCAUGUGUACGGGAAUCUAUCCGCCAUGCUCUACUCAAAGUUUACAGCCGCUUUGAGCGAGAUUUUUCAAAGUUGGUGGAUGCCUUAAGCAUAAGUGGCACUUCCACUUCAAGCAGUGGGCAUCCCCCGCAAGAUACUUUCUAUGUUUAAUACUACGCAGUGGCAGGUGGACAAAGGCACUGCAAAAGCCACAUCUUCCACCAAAAGCGUGGGAUGUUGACAGCUGCGUUAGAACAAGGCAUUCCUUUCCCUUUCCCGCAUUUUGUUCAUGGUCUUGAUUUGGUGAAUUAAUAUAACAUGCGGGGUCUGAUGAUGAAAUUCUUCAUUUGUUGCAUGUUCUAAACUGUUUCAAGCUACGGAUGGACCGCAGUGAAAA